AUGGAACCCAAGGAGCUAAAUAUUGGGCAGUUAGAAGACAUCAGAAUGACGAAUCAUCUCGAAAUAGCUACAUGCAUCGCACGUUCAGGAGAUAACAACUUGAAAUCAGGUAAGUUUAAAGAGGCAAUUGAGUGUUACGAAACAGCCAUUGAAAGUACUAGUUUAACUAAAAUUGAAGAUUUAGAACUCGCUAUUUUCGAGUCCGCUCUUCACACAAGUAAAGGCGAGGCUUAUAUUGGAUUGAAAGAAUAUCAAAAUGCUAUAGACUGCUUCAAAAAGGGUUUAUCACUUAGUGAGGAUAAGUUUCCAGUAGCAAUCAGCAAUGAAGGUUUAGGCCGUGUUUAUUGUGAAAUAGGCAAAUAUAAAGAGGCCAUUAAGAGUUAUAAAAGAGCUCUAGAUGCAAGUACUGCAAUUGGGGACAAAGCAAGGAUUGCAAAUAUUCGCGCGCUUGUUGACGCUUGUUAUGAAGUUUCAGGUGAAGAAAGAAGGGCUAUUGAAUACUUAAAAAAAGGCUUGGAAGAAGGUAUUGCUGCUGAUGAUCGUAGAAACAUUGCCGUAAGCCACAGAAACUUAUGCGACUGCCAUUUGAGCUUAGGGAGAAUAGCAGAGGUUAAUCGUGGUUUAGGAAGUCGUUAUUGUCAACUAGAAAGAAAUGAAGAGGCAGUUCAAUGUUUCGAACAAAUGUUAAGACUUAUGACCGUUAUUGGAGACAAGAAAGGUAUAGCUGAUGCUAAGAUGAGUUUGGGAAGGUUUUCAAAUCGCGCUUUAGAGGUGCAAAACAGUAUCGAUGUGGGAAACGCUUACGUGAAUUUAGGUCAUUAUGACCAGGCUAUUAACUGUUUCAGAAACUCGUUACAGAUAGCAACGGCAAUCGGCAACCAAUAUGGUAUAGUUCAUGCUAAUAUGUAUUUAGGAGAUGUUUACAAAAGAUUAAAAGACCAUGAAAAAGCUAUUAGCUAUUUGAAAGAAAGCUUAGAAAUUAGCACGACCAUUGGCGAUACGUAUUUAAUGGCAGAAAGCAAUCGCCAGUUAGGUAAUAUUUUUAUUCCUUAA